AUGAUGUUGGACGCGACUCCUGUGAAAGAAAACAUGCCUACAAGUUAUUAUGAUGCAAAGAGGAUGGUGUCAAAGUUAGGGCUAGAAGUAAAAAAGAUUAAUUGUUGCAUAGGAGGUUACAUGUUAUUUUAUGACAAUGAGUUUGGUAUAAAUGAUGAGACAUUGGAGGAAUGUAAGUUUUGUAAGAGUCUGAGGUAUGCAGUUCGCAGUAAAGGCAUUGAUCGAAAGCAAAAACGAGUUGUGGUGAAGUUCAUGUUCUAUCUUCCAAUGAUACCUAGGUUACAAAGAAUGUUUGCAUCAAUGCAUAGUGCAAUUCAGAUGACAUGGCAUUAUACAAACACAAUUAGUUCAGGCAUGAUGCGACAUCCAUCUGAUGGUGAGGCAUGGAAACACUUUGAUAGAGUACAUCCAAAAUUUGUAGCAGAACCUAGAAUUUCAGACUUUGAUUAUCUCAUAUGGUUUUACUCCUUAUAUUCAAUCGUCAAUAAUUGUUUAUUCUUAUUGGCCAGUUAUCAUCACCCCGUACAAUAUCCCUCCUGA